AUGGCUGCCUCCAUCGUGUCCGUAGCAACGAGUAUUAGCUCUGCUGUCUCGUCCCCGACUGGAUUUUGGGCUUCCAUGGCUACACCUCUGGCCUCUGGGACCCCAGGCAUUACAGCGAGCGCACACAACAUCUGGCUUGGAGACAACCAAGGCUGGAAAACGUUCUUCCCUUGCUUCUCUGAGUUAGCCGAUACUACGGACAGGCUACGUAGUCUCGUCACGGUCACCGUUACAACAUCUCUUGCACCCAGCACCACCGUCACAGCCGAAGUACUUGCAGAUAUCCCACAAGCAACGCAGGCUGGCACGGCAGAGGAGGCUGAAGAGGCUGAUGAGGCUCAUGCGCGUGCCCCUUUUCGUGGGGACUGGACAAAGAUCAGAAGAAUGUGUCGCUACCUUUGUGAGGAAGGCUGGGUGGACGCAGUUCCCGUCUAUCAAUUUGAGCAGGAGACGGACGGGGGAAGCACCGUCACUGUUAUCUACUGCCAGAACUGCGAGGCGUAUGGACGCGUCCUAAAUGUCACCAGCAGCGACGCCUUGGAUGCUGCCAUUGUAUCUCUUCCAUUGGAAUCGAGGUAG